AUGUACGCUAAGUUGUUCAUCUUGUGCUGCGCGUGCGCCGCUGCUGCGGCCGCGCCUGGUCUGCUGGACAUUGGUCUCUCGCACGGAUACGCCGCACCCGCCUACACCCAAAUCGCGCACACCAUCGCCGCGCCCGCCAUAGCCACCCACGCCGUCGCCGCCCCGGUGGUGCGCGCCGAGCCCGUCGACCCGAACCCGGCGUACAGCUACUCCUACGGGGUAGCCGACCCGUCCACCGGCGACCACAAGGACGCCUCGGAGACCCUGCAGAACGGCGUCGUCCACGGCUCCUACAGCCUCGUUGAGCCAGACGGCCACGUCCGCAAAGUGACGUACACGGCGGACAAGAUCAACGGCUUCAACGCCGUCGUCGAGAGGUCCGGAGCAACACACGCGGCGCCGGUCGCGGUGGCAGCCCCCAUCGCCAAGGUGCUGGCACCAGCGCCCGUGGCAGUGGCCGCGCCCGUGGCAAAACUCACCCUCCCCGCCAUCGGCCACCCGUGGCGC